UUGCAGGCUCACUCACCCCUUCUUCAGGCGUCCCAUCUGUUCACAGCUAUUCUUCUCCGCUCCACACGCUCCUGGCGCGCAAAGACCGUUAUUCAGAGCGCCUUACUUAACGCGAUGGUGUUAACCUAAGAAAAGUAUAUACGAGUUUAAAACUAAAAACUGCAAAGUGGACCAGUUGUUUCGCUCUAUAAGAAGCGGACUAUUCAUCGGACCCGAAAGGUAAUAAUAAGGACAAUAAUCUAAGGAAAGAUGGCCUCGGCGGGUCUGGAGCUGCUCGGCCUGACGCUAGCUGUGCUCGGCACGCUGUUAGAGAUGAUUGCAUGCGGUCUGCCAACGUGGAAGGUGGCGGCGCACAUUGAGGCCAACAUCGUGGUGUCGCAGACCAUUUGGGACGGCCUGUGGAUGUCUUGCGCUGUGCAGAGUACGGGCCAGAUGCAGUGCAAGGUGCACGACUCGAUGCUGGCGCUGAGCACCGACCUGCAGGUGGCGCGCGCACUCACCGUGGUCUCAUCCGUGCUGUGUGUGCUGGCGCUGCUGGCCGUUAUCGCCGGAGCGCAGUGUACCAACUGCAUCCGUGCCGAGCUCGUGAAGGUGAGAGUGGUGAACUUCGGAGGAGCGCUGUACAUCGUCAGCGCCGUGCUUGUGCUCGUGCCCCUCUGCUGGAUGGCCAACAAAAUCAUUGCCGAUUUUUACAACCCGAACGUGCCCACAUCCCAAAAGCGCGAGAUGGGCGCGGCGCUCUACAUCGGCUGGGCGGCUGCGGCGCUCCUGCUGCUGGGUGGCUCUGUGCUCUGCUGCUCGUGUCCACCACAAUCAGCGGCCAGUGCGGGUUACUCAGUCAACUACGCGGCCACAAAAAGAGCCACGAGCAACGGAGACUACGACAAGCGGAACUACGUUUAAAUCUACAAUUGGAGCCAAGCGUAAAGCCAUGGUUACGGAGGACUGCAUAACCCACUAGCCGUGCGACAUCUGAAAGUACACUUAUGAAAAAAGUUCUAUUCCUCACCCUUAGGUUUUUCGGUUGUGAAGGUUAUGUGUAAUGACCUGCAUCAGAGGACUUCACUUCCACAGUUCCACGUAGACUCCGUCUAGAAAACUCGAACCGUUAUCCAUCCAAAGAGUCAUUGAGGAGGUCUUUUCUAAAAAUGUAACAACGUUUGGAAAAAUAUAGUGACAUUUCGGCAUACUAGGCUAUUUGCAUUGAAUAAAAUAUUGCAGAAGAAGAGAGAAGUAGCCAACCAUUGUCCCCAAAAGUGUAAAAAUGAUCUCAGGCUUAAAUGUGAUAUUGAGUUAAUUUACCACUGUACUAAAGAGCAAAUGGUGAAAUGUCGCACGAAGCGUGGAGGUUUUCUUGUAGCCUGUGUGUAUUUGCACCUGUAGAUUAUUCUCUAAGCCUAAAUGUAAAUGACCUGUUUUCCUCUGGUCAGGGACUCUUACUGUCUUAUACGGACUUGCUGGACUCUCGAUAUUCCCUGCUUUAAACAUAUAGGCUAUGCAUUUAAAAGGCUAAAAAGGACACAAGCGCCUUAAUUUAAACGAAAAUUGCAUUUUUAAAUAGCAGUUACACUGUUUUGACAACAGAUGUUUGCCAAACCUGUAACAAAACACUAUGAUUAUGAUGAUGAGGUUUUCAUGGGUUGAAUGAAAGCAAAAAAGUCCUUACUCUACUUUGUAGGUUUGAAUACUGGGACUUUUCCUCACAGGGACUGUCAGACACAGCUGCCUUAUUCAGAACCUGAUUUUUGGAUUGUUUUCAGUAGCUGUCUAGUUAAAGGAACAGGUGCUCUAAAGGACAGGCCAGGCCAAUGUGUCCUGCACUAUGAAAAUUAUGUGUUGGACAUGGUUUGUUUGUGCCUUGUAGUGAUGGAGUGCCUUAUUUUAUUCAUAUCUUUAACUAAGAACACCAAUACCAAAAUUUGUCCUCAGUAGCCUAUUUCUGGAUUAUUCUUUACCUUUCAUUGUUUUGUGUUAAAAAGUUUUGAAUUGUAAUGUUUUUAAUAAACAGUUUUAAUCUUAA